CGCACAAACGAAAAAGCGCACGAUAGGAAGGAUCUUACCCUAUGAGGUGUACACUUUUUGGCGGGAAUCUGCUGCUUACAUUGGCGCCAAAAGCAACGGCUUAAUACGACGUAAGGUAGUAACAGUAUUUCCAGUCGAUUAGGUUAGUUUUGGGGUUUGAAUCGGCCAUAAGAAGUAGAAGAAGAACAUCGUCAGCCAGUCGGCGGAAUGGAUUCAUACGGCGGUGGGUACUUGGUUGACGAGAAAGCAGUUCGAGUAGAGAACAUAUUUUUGGAGUUUCUCAAGGGCUUUAGGGUAGAUGGUAACACUCGAGAGCCGUACUACGAAUCGGAGAUUGAAGCCAUGAGACCAAACGAGUCAAACACCAUGUUCAUUGACUUCUCUCACGUCAUGCGCUUCAACGACGUCCUCCAGAAGGCCAUUUCCGACGAAUACCUCAGGUUGGAGCCUUAUUUGAAGAAUGCUUGCAAGAGAUUUGUGAUGGAGCAGAAGCCCACAUUCAUAACCGAUGAUAAUCCUAACAAGGACAUCAAUGUCGCCUUCUAUAACCUCCCCUUGUUAAAGAGAUUGAGGGAAUUGACAACAGCUGAAAUUGGGAAAUUGGUAUCAGUGACUGGAGUUGUGACCAGAACAAGUGAGGUUCGGCCUGAGCUUCUUCAAGGCACUUUCAAAUGCUUGGAUUGCGGAGCUGUUAUUGGCAACGUUGAACAGCAAUUCAAGUACACUGAGCCCAUAAUCUGCAUAAAUGCAACAUGUCAAAACAGAAACAAAUGGGCAUUGCUUAGACAAGAGAGCAAGUUUGCAGAUUGGCAGAGGGUUCGCAUGCAGGAAACCUCAAAAGAAAUACCUGCAGGUUCCCUUCCAAGGUCACUCGAUGUCAUUCUACGCCACGACAUUGUCGAACAAGCUAGGGCCGGUGACACGGUGAUUUUUACAGGUACUGUGGUUGUGAUACCAGACAUCCUGGCAUUGGCCUCUCCAGGGGAGAGAGCUGAAUGUCGUCGAGAAGCUUCCCAGCGCAAGAAUGCUACUGCUGGACAAGUAGGUGUGAAGGGGCUUCGUGCUUUAGGAGUGAGAGACCUGUCCUACCGCCUUGCCUUUAUCGCCAAUUCCGUGCAGAUCUGUGAUGGCAGAAGGGAUUCUGAUAUCAGAAAUAGAAGGAGAGACGCCGAUGAUGAUGAAAAUCAGCAAUUCACGAGAGAAGAGCAAGUUGAAUUCGAGCGGAUGAAAAACACCCCCGACUUCUUCAAUAAGCUUGUUGAUAGCAUUGCCCCAACUGUAUUUGGUCAUCAAGAUAUUAAGCGAGCAAUUCUGCUUAUGCUUUUGGGAGGCGUUCACAAGUUUACGCAUGAAGGCAUCAAUUUGAGAGGGGACAUCAAUGUCUGUAUUGUUGGCGAUCCCAGCUGUGCGAAGUCUCAAUUCCUCAAGUACACUUCAGGUCUAGUUCCAAGAUCUGUCUACACAUCUGGUAAGUCGUCGUCUGCGGCUGGGUUGACUGCGACAGUAGCCAAAGAACCAGAAACUGGGGAGUUCUGUAUUGAGGCUGGUGCACUUAUGCUUGCUGACAAUGGCAUCUGUUGCAUUGAUGAAUUUGAUAAAAUGGACAUCAGAGACCAGGUUGCAAUACAUGAAGCGAUGGAACAGCAGACAAUAAGCAUAACUAAAGCAGGAAUACAAGCAACAUUAAAUGCUCGAACAUCAAUUUUAGCUGCAGCCAAUCCUACUGGAGGGCGCUAUGACAAAACUAAACCUCUAAAGUAUAAUGUGGCUCUUCCUCCUGCUAUUCUCUCGAGGUUUGAUCUGGUAUAUGUUAUGAUCGAUGACCCAGACGAUCAAACAGAUUACCACAUCGCUCACCACAUUGUGAGGGUUCAUCAAAAGCGUGAAGAUGCACUUGCUCCUCCAUUCACUACAGCACAACUGAAGCGUUACAUUGCAUAUGGAAAGACUCUGAAACCCAAGCUAACUGCAGAAGCCAGACAAUUGUUGGUGGACUCUUACGUUGCUCUUCGUAGAGGUGAUACAGCUCCAGGAAGUAGAGUUGCUUAUCGCAUGACAGUUAGGCAGCUGGAGGCGUUAAUAAGGCUAUCAGAGGCUAUUGCUCGAAGUUAUAUGGAAGUUCAGGUAUACGCCCGCCAUGUACGUCUUGCUGUGAGACUUUUAAAAACUUCAAUUAUCAGUGUGGAGUCAAGUGAGAUUGAUCUGUCUGAAUUUCAAGAAGAGAAUCAUGAUGAUGGUGAUGGUGGAGAAGAUGUUAUUGGCCCUGAUGUAGAUCAGUCUAGAUGUGCUGCUGUUGAGUCAGCUUCUGAGAAUGCAGAAUGCCGUCUUGCAGAAAGUGGUGCAGGGCCUGCAAACCGGCAGGGGAAGAAACUUGUCAUAACCGAUGAAUAUUUUCAGCGGGUUACACAUGCCAUUGUCAUGCAUCUUAGGCAGCAUGAAGAAACUGUAGUGCGUGAAGGGACUGGGUUAGCUGGAAUGCUUCAGAGGGAUUUGAUACAAUGGUAUGUGGAUCAGCAGAAUGAGAAAAACAAAUACAGUUCCAUGAAGGAGGCAGCAGCUGAAGUUUCUAAAGUUAAAGCUAUUAUAGAGAGUUUGAUACGAAGGGAAGGUCAUUUGAUAGUCUUGGAUGAUGGGAGGCAAUCGGUGGAAGAUGGUGAAAAUGCUAGGCAGGCUUCAUCAAUAUCUAGAAAUGACAGGAUUUUAGCUGUGGCACCUAAUUAUGUGAUAGAUUGAUUUCAGGCGCUUCAACUGCUGAAAACCACAACCAUCAUCUUUGGCUCAUAGGCUUACAAUCAGUUCAUUUGCUUUGUGCCUUGGUAUCGUGGUAGAUGUUUUUGAACUAGCUAGUGGCCUAUCUUUCACGGUGUAAACUUUGAGGACAUGAAGAGGUGAAGUUUGAGCUCACUUCGGCAGUGUGUAAAGAGUGAAGCUGCAUUAUUCAUUGGCUGCUUGCUUGUAUUAUCACGGUUGUAACUUGUAAUUAAUGGCAGUGUGAUAGGAAUCGGAUUAUAUUUUGUUAUAGUAGGACAUAUGUCAAGAUUAUAAGUUACUUGUUAUUUUGUUUUUCAAUGGU